GUCUGUUGAAGAAAAAGCUCGGUUUAGAAAAGGGUUUAAAAAGUUUUUAAUUGACGUCAAAACUGGUUUACGAGGAUAAUCAAUCAAAUUAAUACGGUGAUGAUGAUUAUGUUUAUGUAGCUGAAAAGGAACCGAAGGAAUAACUAAUAAGAGGGCUUUUGUGGUAAAACUUGUAACGUCGGUGGUUGAGUUUAGAUCAGGUCAGAUCAGAUCGGAGCAGAGUGUCCCUCCGCCAUGUACAGCGGCUCCAGCGACGGCGAAGCCCAUGACCCCCCUCAGAGGAAAAUCCCUCCCGCUUCCUCCAUGUUAUGGGUCCGUAACCUUCGCCGUUUCAUCGGAUCCGGUGCCGGCCUCGGAUCCGAAGCCUUGAUGGAGCUUGAAACGAAGAGGAUUUUGCUCGACAUUUUCAAAGAAAAGCAGAAGAAAAGCGCGGAAGCUGGUACGAUUCCAAGUUUCUACAAGAAGAAACCCGAAGAAGGAUCAAUCAGUCAUAGAGUACAGCGAUUGGCAAAGUACAGGUUUCUGAAGAAACAAUCAGAUCUUUUACUGAAUGCUGAUGAUUUGGACGCAAUGUGGGUUUGCUUAAGAGAAAAUUGUGUAAUAGAUGAUGCUACUGGCGCUGAGAAGAUGAAUUAUGAAGACUUUUGCCACAUAGCCUCUGUAUGUACAGAACAAAUUGGUCCAAAAUGCCGACGCUUUUUUAGCCCUUCAAACUUCAUGAAGUUUGAGAAGGAUGAACAAGGAAGAAUUGCCAUUUUACCCUUUUACCUUUAUGUGAUGCGUACAGUUUCUCUUACACAGGCAAGAAUAGAUAUGAGUGAACUCGAUGAGGACUCUGAUGGUUUCCUUCAGCCACAUGAAAUGGAGGCAUAUAUACGAGGUCUUAUCCCCAACUUGGCACAAUUACGUGAUAUGCCAGAAGCCUUUGUUCAAAUGUAUUGUCGUAUUGCUGCACACAAGUUUUUCUUCUUUUGUGAUCCUCAUAGACGAG